GCGAAAUAAGAACUUAUUUCUACAUUAUUUCUUACGACUUUAUUAUCAUAAUAUUAUACGUAUACAUAUAUACAUCAGUAUGGCCCUAAUGCCCCGUCGUACACAUCUAAAAAUAGGAUUAAAUGAGCAUUUGUGUAGAAUAUUGGUGGGGAAACAUGCAGCAUAGAAACUAUCCGUCUUAAAGCUGCUCUAUGUUUAAAGUCACUUCAUUGUCGUGCCAGGCCUGACCUCAAUCCUCUGACGUUUGGGAAGCUUUGAGUGAAAGUAGUAUUGUGAAAUGUGAAAUGUAGCCUAGCGGUGGGUCUUGAAAAUGCAGCCUCUGCUGUAACAGACACGUAUAGUGGACUUUCUCCUGUUUACCAGGGUCACUUACAGAGAGAUGGAGCAACAACCGGCCAGGAAGACGUCUCGGGCUUCGGAGAGACUCAAGCUGCUCAUCAAUCACCUUGAUCGAUCACAGGCUACGAUCAGAGCUUCACGGACUUCAGCUCUCACCUCCACCUACAGCAGCAGCAGUCAGCCACAGAGACUGAGAUAUACUUUGCAGAAUGACCUGCUGACUCCAGAACAACAACUGUUUUAUGAGGAAAAUGGCUUCAUUCUCAUCAAGAAUCUGGUGUCUGAGGAGGACAUCAACAAGUUCAGGAAAGAGUUUGAACGGAUCUGCCGAAAGGAAGUUAAAAUUCCCGGGCUGGUGGUGAUGAGGGAUGUGGCCAUUUCAAAGUCUGAGUUUGUUCCGGAUCAGAAAGCUGUCAACAAAAUCCAGGACUUCCAGGAAUCUCCCGAACUGUUUCGGUACUGUGCACUACCACAGAUCCUGAAGUAUGUGCAAUGUUUCACUGGACCAAACGUCAUGGCCAUGCACACCAUGCUGAUUAACAAGCCUCCAGAUGCAGGUAAGAAGACAUCCCGUCACCCGAUGCAUCAGGAUCUUCAUUACUUUCCGUUUCGACCAGUCGACCGGAUCGUCUGUGCUUGGACGGCGAUGGAAAGAGUGGACAGGCAGAACGGCUGCCUGGUCGUCCUACCAGGAAGUCACACCGGCACGCUGCAGGAGCACGACUACCCCGAGUGGGAGGGCGGAGUUAACAAGGUGUAUCAUGGAGUGCGAGACUACGACCCACAGCAUCCCAGGGUGCAUCUGGAGAUGGAGAAAGGUGACACCGUCUUCUUUCACCCACUGCUUAUCCACGGCUCUGGCAUGAAUAAGACGCAAGGCUUCCGCAAGGCCAUCUCCUGCCACUACGCCAGCUCUGAUUGUUAUUACAUUGACGUGAAAGGAACCACGCAGGAGAACAUCGAGAAAGAGGUUCUGGAGAUCGCAGCCAGGAAGUACACUCUGGACAGUAUCUCAUUUGCGGACACUUGGGCUCUGCGAGGGCGUCUGGUGCAAGGAGAGAGGAUUUCACUGUGAGACGAAGAUGCUACACGGCCGCAGUCCGCCCAAUCACUGAGCUGAUAUCAGAGCAGAUUGAUAAUUUUCAUGUGCUGCAAUUCUGCAGUUGAAUUUUUAGAUUUCUUAACACACGUAAGCGAUAACUUGAACCAGCACUUCUGCCUUAUAACACAGUGCACAUUGUCUAAUUUCUGUUAGAAAUAUUAAUAUAUAAAUAUUUUAAUAAUGGGUGAAUGGAUUUUGUUUUCUUUCAAUUUAAAUCGUAAUUUUUGAAUAGAUAUAAUAAAUGUUGCUGCUAUACAUUUAAAAUAUGAAAUGUUUUUUCGAUAUUAAGAUUCAUGCUAAGCAAUGAUCAAGCGAUAUACUGAUUAGUGCGUUUGGUUUGUCAAAAAAAAAAAAUCUAAGCCUAUGAAUGAUAUAUGCAUCUAUGUUGCACAGCUGGAAAUGUACAGCCCCAUGCUGCAAGGUAUUAUGGGUAAAGGGCUCAGAUAGAUGAAAAUGUCUGGCUCAAGCCAAACAUUUUUAAAUUGUUGACUGCUUCUGAAAAUUGUCGGAGAUAAUGAUACAAUAAUAGUAAUAAUGAGAGGAAAACUUCAAAUUAUGAGGUUAAACCCAACCAGUACGUUGGAGAGAGAGGUUGACACAGAGUAGGGUCUGUAGAUGAUAUCCACAAAUGAAAUAGAUUAUAAAAGCAAUUACUUCUAAUAAUUUCCGGUAGGUUGUACACUUGGAGGUGUAAUGCUGCUGUCUUAGCUCUUGAUUUCUUAUUUCUUACAAAAACAAACAAAGGUGUUUAUUAAAAGUUUGUAAUGAGCCUGUUUGUCAGCAGGUAAA